CGGAUAGAGCUCCACACCUCCCUGCUCUGCUCGCUGCAACCCGGGCUAUACUGAUAUUUCUACCUACAAACGCAAUUUGAGGAAUCUGAUCAUCGGUUUAUUUGUUGCAUUUGACAUGUGCAUGGAAUAAUCAUAACACUAUUAGAAAUAGGACAUCAGGGAUUAUUACAGUUUGCGGAUCAACCGUCUCCAGGCGGAGCGGAGAAAGCGCACGCACAGCAAGGGGCUUUGGCUCUGCCCCCCUCUCUCACCUCUGGCUACAGGUUGAGGAGCUCCGCUAUUUUGGAGAAGAUCAGCCCUGAGUUGUGGAGAAGAUGCAGCGGAGGACAGAGUCCUGUCUGUGGCUCCUGACCCUCACCGUGCUGUGGGUGUCAGUCCGCGGGAUCCCCACCAACUCCAGAGACAGAAUCAGCACAGCAUCCGCUCCUCAGGUGAAAGCAGAGGCUAGUCAUGGCGGCGAUCUUCAGACUCUCCAGGAGCUCCAACAGGAGAACCUGUUGCAGACUCUUCCCUCCGGUCCGUCCCUCUCCAGGUCCAGACACCGAUGGUCCCCGGGUGUCCUCCCCCUACCUGAACCCGAGGAGGACUCUGAGAUUUUUGUCCUGGACCUGAGGAACUUCCCAGAGUUGGCCAAUGCAGACAUGGGCUCACAGAACCCCAACAUCCAGGUGACUAUCGAGGUGGUAGAAGACUCACAAUCUGAGACGGAGGUGGAGAUGGACCUGGUGAAAGGGGAGCAGCGUAACGACUGGUCAGUGUCAUCCUCAGAAUGGGCCAACAGCCACAAGAAGCUGUUCUGGCCGCUGUUCUGGGAGUACCCGGAUCAGCUGGAGAACGGGCUGGAAAAAUCCACUCAGGAAGAACAAUCUGAGGACUACACCUAUGACCUAGAGGAGCCCGUGUUGAGUGGAGUAGGUGGAGAAUGGGGCGGUCACUGGAACACAGGCUGGGAUGCAAAAGAUAACUAUGAGUAUGAGGAGUGGAGUGACUGGGCUCCCUGCAGUGUCACAUGUGGACACGGCACCCAGAAACGCACCCGCUCCUGUGGCUACGCAUGUACAGCGACGGAGUCACGCACAUGUGACCUGGAGGAUUGUGCCAACACUGCCAUUUCAGUGACUGAUCCCACACCCAUCCAGAAGGACAACAGCACUGACUCCCUGGACACAAACGUGGACAGCUGUGAGAAGUGGCUAAGCUGUAAGAACGAGUUCCUGGAGAAGUACCUGCAUCAAAUGCUGACAGAGCUCCCCAGCUGCCCGUGCUCCUACCCUUCAGAGGCCGUCUACAGUGCCGUCAACAUCCAGGAUGGCCAACUCCGUAAGACCUAUCGAUGGCGGGAUGCAAGCGGACCCAAAGAACGCCUGGACAUCUACAAACCAUCUGCCAGAUUCUGCCUCCGCUCAAUGCUGUCGUACGAUAGCACGACGUUAGCCGCCCAGCACUGCUGCUACGACGACCAAUUGAAAUUGAUAACGCGGGGGAAAGGAGCAGGAGCUCCCAAUUUGAUCAGUACAGAGUUCUCACCAGAGCUUCAUUACAAGGUGGAUGUUUUACCCUGGAUCCUGUGCAAGGGAGACUGGAGUCUGUUCCACUCAGUAAGGCCGCCCAACAACGGGCUGAGCUGUCUAGAGAACCCCACUGAACUAGUGUUUCAAACAGAACUUCAAGAGGCCAGGGAGUACUGAGUGUUUUGGAGUUUGAACAAGAAUGAAUGAUAACAUGGAGACGUGAUGGUCGAAAUCCACCGUCUCUAUCCUGCACAAGCACAGGAAAACUGAAAUCCAGCAUUUCUGUGACGAUGCAUGAACUCUGCCAGCUGGAGUUCUUUGCUCGGUCCGACAAGAAGGGGACAGUAACACAGAGACGUUAUUGGAUGUUGGUUAUACAUGUCUUGUCCAUUGUCUCCAUCCUGCAAAAGCUUAAAAAAGCUGGACUACAUGCUGAUUCAGCAUUUCUGUGACAAUGCAUGAAUCCUGCAAGCUGGUGCAGUCACAACAAGAAAGGUCGAUACCAAAGACACAUUAAUGGUAUUUGGUAAUUCAAAUCCAAUUUCUAUUGUCCAUUGACUCCAUCCUGCACAAGCACAUCAAGACUGAACUGCAUAAAUACAAUGUUUCUUUGGCAAUGAAUGAACUCUGCCAGCUCAGGAACUUUGGUGCAGCUUGCAACCUCAUGGCCUCCAGCAUCGACUGGCACUUGGCUGGCAACCUUCCACAUUGAUGAUAAUAUGAAUGGAAGACAUGGACAAUCAUUUGAUUCUCAUAUGGAAUACCAAGAGUUCUUGGAACCAUUAGAAGGACAAUGAAAAUCGAAAAUGUUGUAAAGAAUGUUCUAUAGGACGUGUAUGUUGCUGCAACUGUGCUUGAGCUUGUACAGUAUCUGUGUGAGUGUAUAAGAGGAGGUACUUAUGUAUUGGCCCCUGAACUAUUUUAACCAGAAAAUCAUUCCUGUUUAGCUGGAAAGCAGCCAAUAAAGUCAAAUGGAACUUUGGACUUUAAAGGCUCCACUUCUUCAUCUUUACAAAAUCUCACAAAAUUGUUGCCAGAGC